GGGGGACUCGGGCUCGGAGACGCCGGUUGGACCUGAUGUUGCUGAUGGCGAUGAUAGUCAUGGUAAUGAUGAUGACCUUGGUGUUGCAGAGGCAAUUCUCGAAGAGCCACACACUCCAGAGCCGAGGUCGCAGCGUUUGGAGAAGCCGGCGGCAGGACGGGCGGCGCCAUCGCCUGCUACCCCGGUUCGAGCGAGUCCUAAGCGCCAGCGACGCGGGCGUCCGAGGCCUUCCAACGUUGUGAAGCGAUCGCCGGCAAGGAAGCGCGGUUUGCCACGUCCGAUGACUGCCGGUAGCGGGCGCAAGAGGACCGGGCGAUCGCCGCGAAACUCGCCAGAUACAAGCUGGAAUCGAUCGACAGUUGUUCGGCCGCAGACAGCAAGCGCGCGUGGCUCGCCACUCCUUCGCCGUCGUGGGCCUGGGCUCGCCUCGCCUCCUUCCCGCUCCGGUAUCUUGCUCGGCCACGAGGACUUGCUGGCACAGGUGGAGGCUAUCCGCAUUCCGAGCCAUGCCCGCAAGCGUGAGGUUCCGGGCCUACUGGUCCAGCUCGGCUCACUCCGCGAGCUUUGCCUGCUGGCCUGCGAGCGGCUGCGAACAGCAUACACUACAGCAUCGACUGCAAAGUCUGACGCUGACAAGCUGCGGACGGCUUCGGAGCGUGCCAACGCUCGUGCCGACGCAGCGGCAGCCGACGUGUCGGCAUCCCAAGCUGCUGCUAAGGCCCAGCAAGCGAGACUCAAGAGCGAACUUGCCGCGCUCACCGCUGACGCGGCUAGUCGUGAGAGUGAGUUGAGCACGGAGCUUGAGCGGGUGCGCGCUGAGCUCAAGCAAGCGCUCACGACCAUCAAGCGCAAAGACACCCUCAUUGCCAAUCGCGAUGCGGCGCUGGCAGAGAGCCAGGGCAAGCUCGAGGUGUCCAGCAACAAGUUGGCAUCGUGUCAAGCUGCGCUGCAACGGGCGCGCAUUGACGCUGCCGAGGCUUCGCGAGCCGCGGUUCAGGCCAAGGUCGCGGCCGACCAGGCCAAGUCGGAGGCAUCCAGCGUCCAACGGACGCGCGAGAUGGAGGCAGCUGAAGAAGAAGCCGCGCACGUCACCGAGCUCAAGCUCAAUCUUCGACGCAAGACCAGGCAUCUGGCUGAGGUCAAGGCCGCGCUGGCCCAGGUGCAGGCGCAAAACGAGGCGCUUGAGGCCAAGGCGGAGAAGCGGGCCAAGCUCCGCAGCGCGGUCCAGGCCGCGCGCGAGAGCGAGGCCCGGAUCAACGACCACGCCGCGGCCCAGAAGCUGCGCAUCGACCAGCUCACCCACGAGCUGCAGGCGACCCAGAUGGAACUCGGCACUGUCCACGCCAAGUAUGCCAAGCUGCAGCGGAGCCAUGCCAAGCUCAAGAAGCGACUUGAUUCUGGCUCAUCACCGUCACCCAAAAAGCGGCGCAGCAAGCGUCAGGCGGCGGCUUCGUCGUCAUCGCUCCACGGCUCGCGCAACGCAUCGCCCCAACUAGACGCCAGCCCAGAGCCGGUCGACAUCCAUGUCCAGCAGUAUUAUUGAAUUCUGCCACAGCUUGUGGCACGCCAUCACACC